UUUCUUUUUUUUGACGAACUUAUAUCUUACACCAUCAAAUAUUCAGUUAUACAUUUUCGAAGACAAAAACACAAACCCUACUCCCCUUCUCUCUUCUAUCGCCUCUCCAAUUCAUUUUUUAAUUACUACAAAAUUAACACUACUUGUUGGAUCAGAUCCCUAGUCUCUACUUCCUAAUCUUUAACAAACAUCCAAGUAACUAUCCCUAGUUCAUCCACUAACUGGGUGUGAAAAAUCAGAUCACAUUUACAAGCUUCGAAGGUGGAUCGAAGGCAUGGAAAGUGGCCGCUGCCACCGGAAGCAUCAUCGGAGGAGAAAGAGAGACAAUCCCAUCGUCAUGAUUAUGCAUCUUCUUGGGCUGAUCAAGCAGACAUAUCUGCUAAUGCUAUGGUUUCAGCUCUCACUCAAAGUAAUCCAACUCAGGAGGAUUAUGUGAAACAAGAGGAACAACAAACUGUUCAAGAUCAAGAAAAUCCAAGGAGAAUACACUAUAGAGGAGUAAGACAACGUCCUUGGGGGAAAUGGGCAGCAGAAAUCCGAGACCCGAAGAAAGCAGCGAGAGUUUGGCUUGGCACAUUUGACACCGCUGAGGAUGCAGCUCUUGCAUAUGACAAAGCUGCUCUCAAGUUCAAAGGCAACAAAGCUAAGCUCAAUUUCCCUGAAAGAGUAGUCUUUCAAGGCAAGACAACCGAGCUUGGCUACUCCAUGAGUACUAGUACUUUCGGAAACUUGUCGAACACGUCAGUCCUACCUUCUGAUACGUCACCAAGACCGAGCUUAUCAGAUCCUUAUGUGGGUUUUCUCUCAACUCACCAACAACAAAGUAUUCCAAGUAGUACCACUCAUGAGUCCUCCUCCACAUUAAUGUCACACAAUGCUUAUCCUCACUUGUUUCAAUAUGCCCAAAUUCUCUCAAGUGAUGAUUCCAAUUUCCCUUAUUACACCUCCAAUCUUUUUAAUCAAGGCCAUCAAUUUUCUCCUUCACAUUUCUCACCAUCAUCACCUUCGUCAAUGCCUUAUUCUACAAGUUCUUUUUCAAAUCAACAACAACAUCAUCAAGGGUUGCAAAGAUCCUCCUCAAAUAUGGGAAGCUCCACAACUAGUUCUUAUCAACAAGAACAUGGAAAUGGUUACUUUGCUUACUUUGAUCAUGAUCAUGGUACUAACCCAAGAGAGUAGGUAGUGAUGAGUGUAUUAUUAUCAUGAGACAACGACAAUGCACAUUCGAAGAGCUUCCAAAUAUAUUUUCUUUUCUUUUGUUUUGGAAAGCUCUCUCUACUUAAUUUAUUUGUGUUUUGUCUCCACAUUGGAAAGUGGGUUUUGAGUUCAAUGUAUGAUGUCAUUCUCAUUCCAAUCCAAACUCUUUUUGUUUAAUGUCUUACAUAUUUUGUAUGUG